AUGAGUUCCGGCUACGGCAUCAACGGCGGACAGAGUCGUUGCUUUCCUUUUUGGCAGGCCGUUGUCAAAUGCUAUGCUGAAACGGAUCGACCUGGGAAAUGCACACUAUUCAAAGAAGACUAUAACGAAUGUCUUCACCAUCGCAAAGCGCGCGCAAGAGAACAAGCCAUCAGACGCGAGUUUCAAAAGCUCCAAGCAGAAGGUGUCGCAGAGAUGAAGCGACAGGCAGAGAUUAACAAGUCGCUGGGAGCUGCUGGUGCCCUGAACGUCUCACUUCUUGAGCGUACAGUGGCCAAGGCCUCUACCGUCGGUGGAAAGUCUGGCGUGCCCAAGGAGUCGUAUGUACUCGAGGAAAAGGACGGCAAGUUUAUCUUGCAUCCUCGUAAAGAAGAGGCUCAGCGACCAGCUGCAAACCGGGUAGACUGGGGAGUUUUGCAAUAG